GGCACAUCCGUCCUUUCUCUGUCAGAACUGUCCAAGACUCCCCUCCAAAAUGGUCUUUCCACCCCUCCACUUCCUUCAGCAGAGGCUUCCAGCACCCGGCUUUCUCCUCCCAAUGUUUCUGCUCUCUUGGAUAUUUCUCUGCCCGGACCACCUGAAGAUGUGCUUUCUCAAGGAGAACCUGCCACUCAAAUCAGUGAUUCUAUUAUUGAAAUAGCCAUCAGCUCUGGUCAAUACAGUGAAGGCGUUUCUCUUUCCCCUGCAAAGCUGAAUGGCAGUGACAGCUCCAAAAGUCUUCCGUCCCCAUCCAGUAGUCCUCAACAGAACUGGAUUGCCUCUCCCAGCCACGAUCCCCAGUGGUACCCCAAUGACUCCACAGACUCAUCUCUCAGCAGCUUGUUUUCAAGUUUCAUCUCCCCGGAGAAGGGACGAAAAAUGUUGCCAACUCCUGUUGGGACCGCCAGUGGCACCUCCUUACUGGGACCCAGCCUUCUGGAUGGAAACUCACGGGACUCUUUUGUGUCACGGUCUCUGGCAGAUGUAGCAGAGGUGGUGGAUUCCCAGCUGGCUUGCAUGAUGAAUGAGAACAGCAUAGAUUACAUAUCUCGUUUUAAUGACCUUGCCCAGGAACUAUCGAUACCUGAGCCAACCCGCAGGGAGAUUCUGUUUGAUGGAGGAGGUGGUGGUCCCCCAAUUGGGGAUCUCUCACAGUGAGUGUAUGAGACCAGCGGGCUGGUGUAGAGUGUUCGGCUAACAUUGGAGCUUGCAGCGCUGGAUCAUGGCAAGGGCAGGUUGUAGAGAAGCAGCUGAGGUUCGAUUGUCCCCAUCUUGUGCGCUUCUUUCUGCAAUGCGCUUCUUUCUGAAAGAGAAGCGUCGUGGUCAAAGGUCUGGAGAAGUACUUGCAAGUCCUGGAAUGUGCAAUAUAGUGGGAACAAGAAAAUAUGGAAUAGUAUAACGGGAAAUGGUGUGUCCCCUGCAUCGGUGAUGGAAGGUGGCAGGUUUAUGGGACAGUCCUGGACUUGCUCUUUGGAAUAGCAUAAGCAAGAAGCUC